AUGGGUGUUGUUAUUGAACUUUCCAUUCAUUCUAAACGGUGGCUCACUCUGAACCUAAAGUCACACCUGAGAACCCAUUCUGGCGAGAAACCGUAUUCCUGUGAUCAUUGUUCAAUGGCAUUUUCCCUCCUUGGGAACCUAAAAUCACACCUGAGAACCCAUUCUGGCGAGAAACCGUAUUCAUGUGAGCAUUGUUCAAGGGUACAUCUGAGGAUCCAUACUGGAGAGAAACCGUAUUCAUGUGAAGGUUGUUCAAGAGCAUUUUCCAGCGCUUCAGAUUUAAGGAGACAUCUGAGAACCCAUACAGGAGAGAAGCCGUAUUCCUGUGAACUUUGCUUAAAGCGAUUUUCUGGAUCUGGAAACUUAAAAGAGCACAUGAGAACCCACACAGGCGAGAAACCUUUUUCCUGUGAAAUUUGUUCUGCGGUCUUUUCUCAACCGACUCGUCUGAAAGUCCACCUGAGAACCCAUACUGGCGAGAAGCCGUAUUCGUGUACAGUUUGUUCGAAGGCAUUUUCACAAGGAGGAGCCCUCAGAAAACACUUGAAAAUGCAUUCAAACAAAAAAACACAUUUAUCUAAUGUCGGCACGUAUGAAGACACUGAAAAGUCUUCUACACUUGCAAUUGAUAAUUUGCACCCGGAGAACGCUUCGUUGUUAUAA